AUGGAGGUUCUCGCUGCUAUUGUUGGAAAAAUAGCAGAGUUAACUGUUAUGCCCAUUGGAAGGCAAGUGGAAUAUUUAUUAUUUCACAAAAGGAACGUUAAGGAGCUAGAGAAGGAAAUUGAGGAGUUGAAAGAACGAAAAGUUCGCGUCGUGCAUGAUGUUGAAGCAGAAAGAAGGAAAGGAGGAGAGAUUGAAGAUGAAGUACUAAGUUGGCAAAACAGAGUUGACGAUACCUUGGAAGAAGUAGAGAAACUUCGUGAAGAUCAACUUCGUGCUAGUGUACGGUGUUGGAAAUGGUCUUUUCCUAAUUUGAUAUCACUACAUCAACUUGGUAGAAAAGCAAAGAAAAUGACAUUCACCAUUUCUGAACUGAAGGACAAGGGGAAGUUUGAUGGUGGAGUUGGGUAUGUUCUUGCUUCUAGCAUGGGUAACUUAAUUUUUGCAACUCGAGGUAGUGAAAAGCUUGACUCAAGAAACUCAGUGAAGGAGGAGGUUAUGUUGUCUCUAGCUGACCCCAAAAUAAGCAAAGUUGGAAUUUAUGGGUGGGGUGGAGUGGGGAAGACCACUCUAGCCAAAGAAGUUGCCAACCAUGUUAAGGAUAGAAAGCUGUUUGAUAUGGUUGCUAUGGCAACUAUAUCCCAAACUUUAGAUGUUGAAAGAGUUCAAGAUGAGAUUGCAUAUCAAUUAGGCUUCCACUUGGAUGAGAAGAUUUCAAUUGGAAGAGCUGAUCGCCUUUUUGCAAGGAUAAAAAUGGAGAAAAAUAUCCUUAUCAUACUAGAUGACAUAUGGGAGAAAAUAGAUUUGGACAAGUUGGGAAUUCCAUCUGAGCAAGAUCUUGAAGAUGGAAAAUUAUCAUUCACUUCUAAACAUUUAGGUACUUCACAGAAGAAUGAAACUUAUCAGGGUUGCAAAUUAUUGUUGACUUCUAGACGGUUAGAUAUUUUACAAAAGAAUGAGACUCAAAGUAACUUUCUUAUAAAAGCAUUAGAUAAUGCAGAGUCAUGGAGUUUGUUUAAAGAUAUGGUUGGUGAUGCUAUUGAAGAUGCUGAUUUGCAAAACAUAGCAACCCAAGUGGUUGAAAGAUGUGCAGGUUUGCCUGUUAUGAUAGUCUCAACUGCAAAGUCACUAAAGUGUAAUAAGACUAUUCAUUAUUGGACAGAUGCCUUGAACAACUUAAAGAGAGUUGAUAAUGGGGACAUGUAUGGGACUGUUUUUUCAGGUUUUGAAUUUACUUACAACCGCCUGGGAGAUGAUGAAAUGAAGAAAGUAUUCUUGCUAUGUGGUGCAUAUGGACCGUUCAUGUGGUUUAGUGACUUGUUAAAAUAUGUAUUUGGUUUGGGUGUUCUGAAACACAUAGAUACUAUUAAAGAUGCAAGAAAUCGACUGUAUAGAAUAAUUGAUGACUUGAAGGCAUCUUGUUUGUUACUUGAGAAUGAUGCGGACAAGGCCGAUGGGAUUAAAAUGCAUGACAUUGUUGGUGAAAUCGCUGUUUCAAUUGCUCAUAAGAGUGAACAUGUUUUUGCAUUGAGAAAUGAUAGUAUGCAAGAUUGGCCAAGCAAGAGAUUUCUUGAAAGGUGUACUCAAAUAAUCUUAAGAAAUUGUUUUAUCCAAGAGCUUCCUCAAAAGUUAGAUUGUCCUAAUUUAAAAUUUUUCCUCUUAAGUUUCAGAACGGGUUGCACUUUGAAAAUUCCAGACUCUUUUUUCGAGGGAAUGGGAAGCCUUGAAGCAUUAGAUUUGACAGGUUUAAUAAUACCUACAUUGCCUAUAUCUCUUCUUUCCUUGACCAAACUUAAAACAUUGUGUUUGGAUCAAUGCACUUUGAAAAAUAUGGACGGAAUAGGUGCUUUGACAAAUUUAGAAAUUCUUAGUUGCUUGAAUUCAUAUAUGGUGGAGUUCCCGAGUGAAACAGGAAAACUGACUCACUUAAAAAUGUUGGAUUUGACGAAUUCUAGAAUUAAGAUCAUUCCACCCAACAUUUUGUCCAAGUUGACUAAAAUAGAGGAACUUUAUAUGGGCAAUGCCUUAGUUAAGUGGGAGGAGGAAAGUUCAACUGAGCAAAACAAAAGUGCUAGUCUUGCUGAGCUUGGGUGCUUGACAAACCUGACUACUUUAGACAUUCAAAUUCGUGAGGCUUGGAUGCUGUCAGGGGACAUGAUGCUUGACAAGUUAGAGAGAUACAAGAUUGUCAUCGGAGAUAAAUGGGAACGGUCAAGGAACAAAAGAACCUCAAGGUUGCUAAAGCUAAAGCUUGAUACUAGCAUUCAUUCGGAACAUGGGAUUAAAGCAUUGAUUAAACAAGUGGAAGAUUUGUACUUAGAUGAAGUCAAUGGAAUUUCGGAUGUGCUUUUUGAUUUGAAUGGAGAAGGAUUUCCUCUACUAAAGUAUCUCCAUAUCCAAAAUAAUGGCCAGGUUCGGCAUAUCAUCAACACAACAGAGUGGAAUGAAACUCAUGUUUUGUUUCCAAAAUUGGAGACACUAAUACUUCACAAUCUCAAUAACUUAGUGAAGAUAUGUGAUGGCCCACUUCCUAUUAAUUCCUUUGGAAAACUCACAGUCAUCAAAGUCAAAAGUUGUGAUCAAUUGAUAUAUCUCUUUUCUGUUUUAAUGGAAAAAGCUCUUUCUCAACUUGUUGAGCUCCAAGUUUUGGAAUGCAAUUCAAUGAAGAGGAUUGUGUUAAUUGAAAAUGAAAAGUGGAAUAAGUAG